GGGGGACGGACCGUCGACGCGGAAGUUUGUUUUCGCUUUCGGAUGCGCCCCUAAACUAACUUAGCGGGUGUGUUUCGUAAACUCUGCGGCUAAAUGAAGAGUCCUCGUGUAGCCGGAAGCUAAACAUGUCCAACAUUAAAGCGCACAUCGCGAAAGCGACGCGCCUCUAUGAGCGUUACACCGAGUACGUGAGGAGGAACCCGGGCGCCACCGCGCAGCUGGAGAGCACCGUGCGGACCCUCUCCUACCUGAUCGCAGGACGAUUUGCAGAUUCCCAUGAAAUAUCUGAACUGGUGUACUCGGCCUCCAACCUGCUGGUGCUCUUCAACGACAGCAUUCUGCGCAAAGGGCUGCGAUGCUCCUUCUCUGUGCCCGUCUCCCAGCAGAGGCUCCUCACCUGGCUCUCCGUGCUGGAGCACGUGGAGGUCUUCCUGGAGAUGGGAGCCUUCAGGCUGUGGGGGGACGCCGGCCGCUGGCUGGUGAUCGGACUCGUCCAGAUCUUUAAGGCAGUUUUCCGCCUCGUUCUUCUUCUGUGGUACAAAUCCGGCCUCCUGACCUCCCCCCCCAUAAUCCCCCUGGACCGAGGCGCAGAGUUCGUUGGUGAAGACGACGGUAACCGGGAGCAACAGGCGGACACCUGCUUUGUGGGUCAGAGGUCAGGGCGGGUCAUCAGGCCUCUCGGCAGCGGCCCGGCUGUGGGGGGCGCCGACUCAGAAGAGGCGGAGCAGCUUCAGCGGGGAGAAGCUCCACAGCGAGCCGACGCCGCUCGGCCUCCGGGAGACGCUCGCCGAGUCCGCGUUCAUCGGCCGGCCGCUCGUCCACCUACUCUGCCUGGGGCUCUGUGGGAAACGCUCGUGGAAGCCGUGGCUCGUCUCCGGCGUCCUGGACCUCUGCAGCUUCGCCGUGCUCAGAGACGCGAGGUUCGUGACCCGCUGGGAGCGAGCGGAGAUGAGGAGGAGAACCUUUCUGCUGCUCUACUACCUCCUCCGCUCGCCCUUCUACGAAAAGCACUCAGAGGAGAAGAUCCUCUUCCUGCUCAGACUUCUGGCCGAUCACGUCCCGGGAAUCGGACUCGUGGCUCGUCCCCUCAUGGAUUACCUCCCCACCUGGCAGAAGAUCUACUUCUACAACUGGGGAUAAGAAGCCUCCCCGAGAACGACGUGGAUCUGACGUCCACUUCGCUCCGACGGAGAGACAGUUUCAUUUUACUAACAGAAAUAAAAGCAGACGUGCGCGUCGGACGUGGGUCCAAUUCCUCUUCACAGUUUUGUACGGCGAGCGUCUCCCGUGUGAUUUCCUCCCCCCACCUGGCCGGGCCUCCUUUAGAACUUUGAGCUCGACGCUCUGAAGACGAGAGGAAGAACCGGAUCGCCUUCAUUCCUGCUGAACUUCAGCUCCUCGUCAAUCAAAGCUCAGGAGGCGGGACGGCGGUUUCAAAUCUUUAUUAACAUAUGGAAUACGUUUCCUGUUUGUAGCCUCCAAUAAAUAGUUCAACGUUU